AUGAGAGGAUUUAAUUACAACAACAAUAAUAAUAAUAGUAAUAGAUAUAAUGCUUACCCAGAUUAUAAUAACAGCUAUGGAAACUAUCAAGCCUAUGGUCAACAGUAUAGAGCGAAUUAUGGAACAGGUUAUGUUCCUAAUUAUAAUAACAAUUCUAAUAAUUAUGGUAAGAAUUUAGCUCCAAUUGAUUGGAAGACUAUAAAUUUAGUUCCGUUUGAAAAGAAUUUUUAUAAAGAACAUGAAGAUAUAAGUAAGUUAUCAGCAAAAGAAGUUAAAGAGAUAAGAGAUAAACAUAAGAUUACAAUAUUAGAAGGUGAAAAUGUACCAAAACCUGUAGUUUCAAUUAAUAAAAUAGGAUUUCCAGAUUAUGUUAUAAAAUCCUUAAAAAAUAAUAAUAUUGUAUCUCCAACACCUAUACAAAUACAAGGAUGGCCUAUUGCAUUAUCAGGAAAAGAUAUGAUAGGUAAAGCAGAGACAGGAAGUGGGAAAACAUUAGCUUUUAUAUUACCUGCAUUUGUUCAUAUUUUAGCUCAACCUAAUUUAAAAUAUGGUGAUGGUCCUAUAGUUCUAGUAUUAGCACCAACAAGAGAACUAGCUGAACAAAUACGUCAAGAAUGUAUCAAAUUUUCGACCGAAUCAAAAAUAAGAAAUACAUGUGCAUAUGGAGGUGUACCUAAAAGUGGACAAAUAUAUGCUUUAAAACAAGGUGUUCAUAUUUUAAUUGCAUGCCCAGGACGUCUAAUAGAUUUAUUAGAACAAAAUGUAACAAACCUUAUGAGGGUUACUUAUCUUGUUUUAGAUGAAGCUGAUAAAAUGUUAGAUAUGGGUUUUGAAUUACAAAUAAGAAAAAUUGUUGAUCAAAUUAGACCUGAUAGACAAACAUUAAUGUGGUCAGCUACAUGGCCAAAAGAAGUACAAGCCUUGGCAAGAGAUUUAUGUAAAGAGCAACCAAUACAAGUAAAUGUUGGCUCUUUGACAUUAACUGCUUGUCGUAGUAUUAAACAAGAAAUAUAUCUUCUUGAGGAACAUGAAAAAAUCGGAAAUUUGAAAUCUUUAUUACAAAGAAUCUUUAAAGAUAAUGAUAGAAUUAUUGUAUUUGUUGAAACAAAGAAAAAUGCAGAUUUUAUUACAAAGGCGUUAAGGUUAGAUGGUAUGCCAGCUUUAUGUAUACAUGGAGAUAAAAAACAAGAAGAAAGAAGGUGGGUAUUGAAUGAAUUUAAAACUGGUAAGAGUCCUAUUAUGAUUGCUACUGAUGUAGCUUCAAGAGGAUUAGAUAUAAAAAAUGUUAAAUAUGUUAUCAAUUUUGAUUUUCCAAAUCAAAUUGAAGAUUAUGUUCAUAGAAUUGGAAGAACAGGAAGAGCAGGUUCUCAUGGUGCUUCUUUUACAUUUUUAACAGCAGAUAAAUAUAGACUUGCAAAGGAUUUAGUUAAAAUAUUAAGAGAAUCUGAACAACCAGUACCACCACAAUUAGAAAAAAUAUCUUAUUCUAUGGGAAAUAAUCAAAGAAGAAACCCUUAUUAUAGUUCUGGGCGUUCAAACAAUGUAAAUAAUAUACCAUUAAGAGGAAAUAACAGAUUCUACUAA